AUGACCUGUUGGGGAGAGGAGGUUCCGAGGUCUGUCACUGAGGAGCGCCGGCCCGAGUCGGGCGGGCCACCGCCACCCCGGAUCUUCGGCGUCCGCAACGAGAAGGGCUACUGGGUCCAGAAUGACCCCGGCAGCACCGCCGCCCGCUUGAAGGACGACCUCCAGGCCGCCGGCGUGACGACGCUGCCGGCCAUAUUGGAGCACACCGCCAGGACGCUAAGAGACAAGCCGUGCAUGGGCACGCGGGAGCUCUUGGCCCGACAUCGCUUCGUGGAGAAUGUGCACGACACGGUGGUCAGUUUCAGCAAAGGCCUCACGAAGAUUGACACGGGCAAUAGUGGCAGAAUCGCUCUAUUCGCUGAGACGUGUGUCGAAUGGAUCAUGGCGGCCAUGGGUUGCCUGCGCCAAGGGUCGGUAGUCGUGACCGUGUACCCUACUCUAGCCCUCCAGGAGAUCGUGCUGGCACUUUCUGAAGCUGAAGUUAGCGUGAUCAUAACGUCGCAAAGCCUCCUCGGAAGAACGGCGGAAGUUUUCCAGAACUACCCUGGCAUCAAACACGUGAUUGUGUUUGAAGAUCAGCUGGUGGGUCUGGGGACAGUGCCCGAGGUUCUCAAGGGCGUGGCUGUGACCCCCUUCAAGGACGUGGUGGAGGCCGGAGAGUGCCUGAGCCUCUCCUUGCCCCAGCCGACUGGCAGCGAUGUGGCAGUCAUCAUGUACACGAGUGGGUCGGUCAGCAGCCCGAAGGGCGUGCAGCUAACACACAAUAAUAUACUGAGCUCAGUCGUGUCAUACAUCCCGAUGAUGGAUUUCCGCCCCAAUGAGCGCUUCCUGGCCUUCCUUCCCCUUUCCCACGUGAUGGAAUUCUGCUGCCUGAUAGGACACGUUUGGCUGAACAACCUGAUCCUGUUCGGGUCGCCGAUGACCCUGACCAGCAGAAGCCCCAAAGUCAUGGAGGGCUCCCUGGGCGACGUACAGGUGGCGAAGCCCACGUACAUGAACGCUGUGCCUCUCAUCCUCGACAGAGUGGUCAUGGGCGUCAAUCAGGCCGUGGCGGAAGAAGGGAUUCCUGGCCACCAAGAUGUUCAAGGCAGCUCUGGCGCUCAAGAGGAGUCAAAGGACCCCUGCAUUCGUUUGUGAGAUCCUCGACGCUUUGGUA